AUGGGCUCCGUCGAUAACGCCACCGCGUUCUUCGCCAAAGCCGAUAAAUACCUUAUGAGCACCGGAGUGCCGUUCUCGCCCGUUGUAAUCACCAAGGCAAAGGGGACUCGACUCUACAAUCAAGAUGGCCGAUCAAUUCUCGACUUCACAUCGGGCCAGAUGAGCUCCCUCCUUGGCCACUCCCACCCGGAGAUUGUCGAAGUGGUUCAGAACUAUGUGGCCGAGCUCGAUCACCUAUUGAGCAACAUGAUCACCCACCCGGUUGUUGAUCUCGCCGAACGUCUGGCCCGCUUCCUCCCACCUCCGCUGGAGAAAUCCUUCUUCCUCAACACCGGAUCGGAGUCCACCGAGGCGGCCAUCAAAAUGGCCAAAUGCCAUACUGGAAAAUUCGAAAUCAUCGCCUUUGCCGCCAGUUAUCACGGUCUAACCCAGGGCGCUGGCUCGGCCACAUACUCAGCAGGUCGUCGGAGAGGAGGGCCCGUUAUGCCCGGACAGCUCGCCUUCCCAGCACCGUACGCCUACCGCUCGCCAUUCCGGAAGCCCGACGGGUCCUACGACUGGGAAACGGAGAUAGACUUCGCCUGGUCCAUGAUCGAUCGCCAAAGCGUCGGCUCCAUCGCCGCAUUCAUCAUGGAGCCGAUUCUAUCCACAGGUGGUAUCCUAGACCCUCCCAAGGGUUACUUCAAGCGCAUGGCCGAAGAAUGCAGAAAGCGUGAUAUCCUGAUCAUUAUGGACGAAGCCCAGACUGGUGUCGGGCGAACCGGCCAGAUGUUCGCCUUCGAGUACGACGAGAUCGUACCUGAUAUCCUCGCUCUCUCCAAAACUCUGGGUUGCGGCCUGCCUCUUGCGUCUGUCAGCACUACAGUGGAAAUCGAAAGAGGAUGCAAGGAAGCUGGCUUCCUAUGGCUCACGACCCAUCUCAAUGACCCCUUAACUGCAGCAGUCGGGAACAAGGUCCUUGAGAUUGUUGAACGUGAUAACAUCUGUGAGCGAGCUGCCGAGCGUGGUGCCCAACUCCACGAAGGUCUCGUGAAGCUGCAGCAAAAGUACUGGUGUAUUGGUGAUAUCCGUGGCCGUGGCCUUCUUCAGGGCAUUGAAAUAAUCUCGGAUCCUGAGACUCGGGCUCCAGGCUCUGAUUUGGGACAGGCUGUCUCUGACCAGGCUAUGGCCCGCGGACUUUCUUGCAACGUUGUCAACCUCCCUGGCAUGGGCGGCGUUUUCCGUCUUGCACCUCCGGUAACUGUCACGGCUGAUGAGAUUGCGGAGGGUCUGCAGAUUCUGGACGAGUGCUUUGGUUAUGUUCUGAAGACUAGAUCUGCAUAA